AUGAGUGGUCGCUCAAUUGGAGGAGGUAGUACUCCAAAGAAAUUUGAUGCAUACCCUAGAGUUGAGAUCGAUAUCGAAUCAUUAGGUUUUAGAAACCCUAGAAGAACUAGAAAUUCUAAAUCUAAUUUGAUCAUGUUCAAAUCAGUUGCAAAUCGUGUCAAGUAUUAUUACAAAUUACAUCCUGUAUUAGUCUUUUUGCUAAUUUUGUCAUUUGGGAUUGCAAUUAUAACCAUACUUAUAUUUUAUGAAAAUCGUGUUCGAUUAGUGUAUAAUUAUAGGCAAUUCGAUGCGAAACCGGAUUUUUAUCCGCUUCCUAAGCUUACAAAUCUUGUGAUGGUAGCUGGGCAUUCAGUUUAUACUAGUAGUAAUUGUGGGAAAGUUGAUAAUGAGAAGUCUUGGUUUUUGGAAUCUUAUCAAAUGCAUCCUGGACAAGCUGCCACAUUUUUGGAACAUAUUAAGGAGGGUGUUGAUGUUGCUGCUAAGGAUGAUCAAGCUUUGUUGUUGUUUAGUGGGGGCGAGACUCGAAAGGACGCCGGUCCUCGUAGUGAAGCCCAGAGUUACUGGCUUGUUGCCGAAUCGAAAGGGUGGUUUGUAUUAUGCACCAGUGUUGUUUUCUGA